AUGUGGAAAUGGCGAACGAGCAAAGUUGUGAGCACGCAAGACUUUGGCAAUAAGAUAGGGUGCUUGAAAUCCUCAUUGGCAUUGGCAUGUUUUAGACGACCUCCUACCCGAAUGAUUCCGUCUGGGUCCAAAAAGGGUGACAGACGCGCGAGCGAUACUGGAAUAGCUGUAUUCUUGGACGAAGUAAGACUUAUGACGGCAGAAUACAAAUUCUGUGAUUGUGUGGUCUUGACGAGUACCUUCAAGGUGUCAUCUAAUUCUGACUGA